GCGUCGGCUUCCGUAGAUCAGUGACAACACGGCAAGGUACUUUGGGCCAAAAUUCGCCUGUGGCUAAGCUGCUAGCUUUGCUGAGAAGAAGCUAGCUUACCCGUUUGUAGCGGAUGCAGACAGGCCGCCACAGUCGGUAAAAAGCACAGUUGAUUGGAGUCCGUUCGCCUGUCCAGGACUUGAAGGUAACUAAUUAUUAAAGUAAUAUGAGGCUGAAGGAGAUCCAGAGGACUGCCCACCAAGCGUGGAGUCCUGCGGAGCACCACCCCAUCCACCUGGCCUUAGGAACAUCUGCACAACAGCUUGAUGCCUCUUUCAACACCACAGCUGCCCUGGAGAUAUUUGAGUUGGAUUUCUCAGAUCCAUCUCUGGACAUGCAGCUCAAAGGUUCCUUACCCACCUCCAACAGGUUGCACAGUAUCGUAUGGGUGAAUUUUGGAAUGGGAGCAGAUGGUACUGGAGGGAGACUUGUUGGUGGCAGUGAAAAUGGCACGCUGACUGUAUACGACCCAGAGGUCAUAAUGAACUCCGGUGCAGAGGCAGUAGUGGGGCAAUCUGACAAACACACAGGGCCGGUCAGAGCACUCGAUUUCAACCCCUUUCAGAGUAAUCUCCUCGCUUCAGGAGCAAAUGAUUCAGAGAUAUAUAUCUGGGAUCUAAACAGCUUUAACAGUCCAAUGACACCAGGAACAAAGACACAGCCUGCUGAAGACAUCAGUGUUGUGUCGUGGAACAGACAGGUUCAGCACAUCCUGGCCUCUUCCAGCCCCAGUGGGAAAGCAGUUGUGUGGGAUCUGCGGAAGAACGAGCCCAUCAUCAAGAUCAGUGACCACAGCAACAGGAUGCAUUGUUCAGGAAUGCUCUGGCACCCUGAUGUGGCCACUCAGUUGGUGUUGGCCUCUGAAGACGACCGAAUGCCGGUCAUCCAGAUGUGGGACCUCCGUUUUGCCACUUCACCCCUUAAAGUCUUUGAGAACCACACACGGGGGAUUCUGUCCAUAUCCUGGAGCCAGGCUGACUCUGAGCUCCUACUGAGCAGUGCUAAAGACAACAGGAUUCUCUGCUGGAAUCCAAACACUGGAGAUGUCAUCUAUGAGCUCCCAACAACAAAUCAGUGGUGCUUCGAUGUCCAGUGGUGCCCCAGGAAUCCAGCCCUCCUUUCUGCCGCCUCAUUUGAUGGCAGAAUCACUGUUUACUCUGUUAUGGGAGGAAGCUUGAAGGCUCAGCAGCAAGGUUCAUCAGAUAAGAUGUCCUCUUCAUUUGAUUCAAUGGAUCCCUUUGGUACAGGGCAGGUGCUCCCCCCCCUGCAAGUCCCUCAGCCUGCAGUGCAGGACACCGUAGUUAACCCGUUGAAGAAGCCCCCUAAGUGGGUGCGCAGGCCUGUGGGCGCUUCCUUUGCUUUCGGUGGAAAGCUGGUAACCUUUGAGAAUCCCAAGCUGCCUCCAGUGCAGAGCCCCCAGCCCAUCCCCAGACAGGUGUUUAUGAGCCAGGUCACCACGGAGACUGAGUUUCUGCAGCGCUCCAGGGAGCUGCAGGCAGCGCUGCAGUCGGGCUCCUUCAACAGCUACUGCCAGGCCAAGAUUCAGAGCGCCGCGUCAGACGCAGAGCAGGACAUAUGGAAGUUCCUUCUGGUGAACUUUGAGGAUGAAGCCCGCGUGAAAUUCCUCAGACUUUUGGGCUUUAGCAAAGAUGAACUGGAGAAAAAGAUCUCGAAAUGCCUGGGGAAGAGUUUUCAGCAUAAUGGACAUGGAGUGGAUGCCAAAGAUCUGGCAGAAAAGAUGCAGCGGCUCUCCACCGAGAGGUCAGCUGGGCCAUCCGCUGUUGGUGACGCCAGAACUUCUGGUUCUGUUUCACCGACAGACUUAUUCAGUCUGACUCCAAAGGAAAACUCCAAUUUCCAGAUCCCUGUAUCAUGUGACACCGAUGGUCUGAUAAGCCAGGCGCUGCUGGUCGGUAACUUUGAGGGAGCUGUGGAUUUGUGUCUUAACGGCGGCCGUUACGCUGAAGCCAUCCUCUUGUCAAUCAGCGGAGGGGAGGAGCUGCUCAAGAAAACUCAGCAACACUACCUGAGCAAUCAGAAGAACAGCAUUUCAAUGCUCAUAUCGUCGGUGGUGACGCAGAACUGGAAGGACAUCGUGCAAAGCUGUGAGUUAGACAAUUGGAAGGAGGCCCUCGCUGCUCUGCUGACUUACGCCCACCCUGAGGAUUUUGCCCGCCUGUGUGACACUCUGGGAGGUCGGCUGGAGCGCGAGAGGACGGAGAAGCGCUGCCUGCAGGCUUGUCUGUGUUACAUCUGCUCCGGGAACAUCGAGAAGCUCGUGGAGUGCUGGGCCUUACAUAAAGACUGCUCCUCCCCUCUUGGUCUAGAGGAUCUGGUUGAAAAAGUGAUGAUGCUGCGCAAGUCAAUCGAACGCCUCCGCAACAGCGAGGUUGAGAUCCAGAGCCCCAUCCUGGCAGAGAAGCUAACCUGCUACGCCGGCAUACUGGCUGCAGAGGGCAGUCUGGCCAUUGCCACGACCUACCUGCCUGACAACUCGGACCAAGCCGGGAUCACAAUGCUAAAAGACCGGCUGUUUCACGCUCAGGAAGAGGCCGCUAGAGGACCGCGCCAUCCAAAGUCCCUCAGCAGAGUCAAUGUGUCCACAGCCAAGCCUGUGGACACUCCUGCUGCUCAGACUCCUACACUAAACGCACAAAUGAUGGGUCAGUAUCACCCCUCUGCUCCUUCCCAGGGUGCCCGACAGCAGCCUCCUAUGCCGUCGGUAUUUACCCCCCAACCUCCAACCCACACCGGGCCCGAUCUGCCACCUUAUUCUCAUGUACUGCCGCCCAAUGCGCCCCGCCCCAGCCUGAGGCCCCCUUACCCUCAACAUCCUGCUCCGGCUCCAGGUUUCCAUCCUCAUCAGUCAUUCCAGCCUCAGCGCAUGGCAUUUGGGGGACCCUCAGUCUUCCCUCCCCCAGGUCCCUCGAUGCAAGCCGCUAACCUAUCCGGACCUCCGCUAUCGCCUCCGACAUCGACGCCCGGAGGCAUGUUCACCAUGGGCAGCCCCGGCGUGCCGCCGACGAGCUUCAUGCCGUCUACCUCUUCUCCUACAGGCCCCAUGCCGCCCAGCUCCCAAACCGCUCCCAUGUACCCAGGGGGCCUCCACCACCACCAGGGGCCUGCACCCCCCAUGGCAUCUGGUUCCUAUGCCCCUCUCGGGCCAGGGUACCCACAGGGCGGCCCGGGGGCUCCUGCUGUAAAGCCCUUCCCGGCCCCAGCUGUUGCUCCUCCUCCUCCCACGGGACCUCAAGAAGGCUGGAAUGACCCGCCAGCAGUUCGAGGCGGACCCAGAAAGAAGAAGCUCCCCGAUAACUACACUCCACCAACCCCCAUCACUGCCCCCGUGAUGGGGUUCCCCGUGGAGGGUCCUCACCCCCACGACCACGCCCAGGUCCCCCCCGGGGCCCCGCAGGAGCCCAGCGUCCAGCUUCUCCAGCAGCUGCCGGCAGAGCGGGUGGAGCAGAAAGAAAUCCCUGCUGAACACGCCGUCCUCAAAUCCACCUUUGACAGCCUGGUGCAGCGCUGCCAGCUCGCCGCGGGAGACCCACAAACAAAGAGGAAACUUGAUGAUGCAGCCAAACGUUUGGGAUACUUGUACGACAAGCUGAGAGAGCAGUCGCUCACUCACAACAUUCUGAACGGGCUGCACGAGAUCAGCCGCUGCGUGGCGAGCCAGAACUACCAGCGCGGCCUGGAGGUCCACACCCAGGUGGUCAGCAGCAGCAACUUCAGUGAGAUCUCCGCCUUCAUGCCAAUCCUCAAAGUGCUCAUGACCAUCGGCAACAAGUUGGGCGUGUAAGCCCUUGUGUGGGGGGGGGGGUUGACGCCACCAACCAGACAUCAGUGUUAUCCUACUGUUAUAUAUGUAUUUAUUUCUUUUUGACCUGAUGACAAGAAUAACUACUGAUGAUAUUGCGGAUGGUGGUCUUCAUCACUCACUACAUAUUCCUUCCUGGUGGCCGGUUUCGGCGCCUUGGUGGAUUCGUGUAGAGAUCUGUGGUUUGACGAUGAAGUGAAUGUAUUCGGAGAGUCGUGAUUCUGUGUCAAUUCAACGGUUGGUGUAAUAUUGGAAGUUUGAAUCAAGGUGAACACAUGCGGUGGUCCAAACGGAGCAUCCGGGACGAGCAGCUCCCACGUCCAAAUAAGGGAGGGAAACUGUUUGAAUAAAAAAUUGCGUUCAUCUCCCCAUCUGUCCUGUCGGCGUAGUUUCUAUAAGGAGAAAACCCACCGAUACGUUGUCAAGGAGACACUUCCAUAAAUACUGAUUGUUCUCUUCAUCUGCUGUGACUGAAAGAAUUAUAUUAAUUUAUGUUGAACUGCAAUUGAUUUUUAAAUCUGUACUUCACCUUGUGUUAAAGACGCUUCAAUACAGAUUAUCCUUUUGUAACUAUGGCGUAGGUUUUUUUUUUGUUUUUUUUUAAACUGUGAUUGUUUUAGAUUAGACCAUCUGAUACGAUGAUAGUAACAAAAAUGAACGGAUGAAUUAGAACGUGUGAUAUUCUGAAUUUUGCAGCUGGACCUGAAGCUGUAUAGUUUCCUGUAUCAUGGCAACCGAAGGCAGUAAAGUGCCUCCGUGUGCUCGUUGUUGCACAGAUAUUUAUACAAUCCACGUUGCUUACUUUACUCAUGUCGCUAUCUUUUUCAAAUAAAACUUCAAUUCAAAGCUU